AUGCCGAUAGCAACAUUUGUUAAUCAAACAACGCGUUCGUCUGACAACGCUGGUAACAAUCUAUUAGUACAAAAUGAAGUUCGAUACGUUUCUAGCGACAGUCAAUGCAUGGGGACAUUAUCAAAAACAGCUACACCUAGUUUCCGAUGUCACCACCCAAACACUAUCGACGAUGCAUAUACCGAUCGAUCGAAUGAGAUAUUUCGAAAAUUUUAUCAACCAACAGAGAACGAAUGUGCAGCUCAUCAACAUUUGUUAUCUGUAAAAGAAUGCCAACGUUGUUAUCGAAAAAUUAAGCCGGCUAAAAACGUUUCCAUCGUACAGGAUCUACAGUCAUGCGAUGGAUAUGUUUUCGAUCGAAGUGUAUACAAACGAACAUUAGUUGAAGAGUGGUCAAUGGUAUGCGAUCGAGUAGGUUAUCGAUCAUUUGUGCAAAUGAUAUACUUCGUGGGUUUCAUGUGUGGCGCUCUUCUGUUCGGUACAAUGGCUGACAGAUACGGUCGUCGGUCAGUUAUGGGUAUUAGUUUUGUACUAAUGAUGAUCUCUGGUUUUCUCUGUGCAUUUGGUCCUCAACAGAAAUUCGGCGUACGCUCGUCUUACAUCAUAUUCAUGAUUGCGCGGUUUCUUCUUGCCUGUUCGACACGAGGGAUAUCCGAAUCAGGUUUCGUACUUGGCUCAGAGAUGGUUAAUCCUGAUAAACGCUUAAUGGUCGGAAUGGUUAUGGAUUAUUUUUUUACUUCUGGUGAAUUCUUUCUGGUAUUUAUGGCAUACUUUCUUCGAACAUGGCGAUCUUUAACAUUUGUCAUAACACUAUUCACUAUUCCUUUCUGUUUCUUCUAUUUAAUUUUGCCAGAAAGUCCACGAUGGUUGGUCAGCAAAGGUCGCUUCGACGAAGCCGAGCAAAUCUUGCGUCACAUAGCUGCAGUGAACAAAAGAGAUUUUGAUUCGGAUGCCUAUGAACGGCUGAAAGAUGAUCAAAAACAACAUAUAGCGGAUAGGACAGUUCCAUUGGGAAUAGCAAGUUUAUUUCAAACAAAGAUUAUUCGAAUAAUCACGGUCAAUCUGUUUUUCCAAUGGUUAGCACAAAAUCUUGUCUAUUACGGUGUUUCUCAAAGUACAGGUUCUUGGCAAUUCGACCCAUAUUUAUCAUUUGCACUUAGUGCUCUUGUUGAAUUGUUUGCGUAUAUAUUCAUUCAUAUCAUUCUCGACCGGCUAGGCCGAAAGUUGCCUUAUUGCGCUUUUGCUAUAGCAUUCGGCUUACUGGCUCUACUUGUUCUACCUGUACAGUCUGUUCUAGCUGAGAGAAAAACAACGCUACGAGUAUUAAUGUUCAUCCUCAACAUUUCAUUAAAGUUUUGUGCAUCUGCUUCGUUUGCUAUCAUCUAUCUGUAUUCGACGGAACUUUUUCCAACCAGCGUUCGAACAACUGGUCUGGGCAUGUGUUCGAUGACAGGCCGCCUUGGAGCUAUACUCGGCACAUUUUCCAAUGAUUAUCUCGCUCGUAUAUGGAUGAAUUUCCCUACUGUAUUAUUUGGUGUUGUUUCUUUAGUCGCAGGUAUUGCAGCAUUAGUCUUUCCGGAAACAUUGAACAAACCAUUACCGCAGACGAUUGAUGAUAUUGAAAGUAUGAAUUUACCACUUUUCUCGACGAAUAAACAACAACGCGAUCUGAGUCGAGGAGAUAAUAUACCUCUGAAGGCAAUAAAUACAUAA